AUGCUCCCUCGCACUCUCCUCGCCGGGGCAUGCGCCCUCAACGCCGCCGCCGCCCUCGUCCCCCCCAGCCAGGACCCGUGGUAUACGCAGCCCGCCAACAUCAGCGCCUACGCCCCGGGCGAACUGAUCCGCGCGCGCCAGGUCGCCCCCGAGCUGGAGACGUACGUGCCGCUCGGCACAUCCAUGGACGUCGAAAUGAUGCACCAGUACCUCUACCGCACGACCGACAGCGUCGGCGCCCCCGUCGCCGCCGCCGCCACCCUCAUCGUGCCGCGCGACGCCGACCCGACCAAGCUGCUCGCCUACGAGACCUUCUACGACGCCAAUAACCCGGACUGCAGCCCGUCGUACACCCUGCGCCACGGCUCGGCCACCGCGGGCGGCGGGCUGCUCCCGCACAUGACGCAGCCGAUGGACCUGGCUUUUCUAGCGGCAGCCAUCAAACAAGGCUGGUGGAUCAUCACGGCCGACUACGAAGGCCUCGACGCGCAGUUCGCCGCCGGCAUCCUCUCCGGCCACGCGACUCUCGACUCCGUCCGUGUCGCGCUCUCCGAAGCCCCCCGACUGGGCCUCUCGCCGGCCGCGCGCUACGCCCUGUGGGGAUACUCAGGCGGCGCGCUGGCGGCGGAAUGGGCGGCGGAGCUGCAGCCCUCCUACGCGCCGGAGCUGCGCUUCGAGGGCGCCGCCGUCGGCGGACUCCUCCCCAACCUGACCUCCGCCAUCGACACGAUCAACAUGGGCCCGUUCUCGGGCGCCGCGUUCGUGAUCCUCAUCGGGCUGGCCAAGGCGUACCCCGAGUUCAGCGGGUGGGUCACCGACAACCUGGUCGCGGCCAGCGCGGCGCAGUACUACGCCGGCGCGCACAGCUGCGUGCUGGGCGAGUUUGCGGCCGGCGCCGUGCACGACAUCUUCCGGUAUUUUGUCGAUGGGAGGGGGAGCUUUGACGCCGAGGUGCCACGGGGGCUGUUUGCGUCGGCGGGGCAGAUGGGUACCGCCGGCACGCCGCGCAUGCCGUUGUUUGUGUAUAAGGGCGCGCUCGAUGAGAUCAGUCCUAUCGGGGAUACGGAUGAGCUGGUCGGGCGGUACUGCGCCGACGGCGACGUCAGCAUCGAGUACCAUCGCAUUCUGGCCGCGGAGCAUCUCUCCACCGCCGUGCUGGGGUCCGUCAGCGCGCUGCAGUGGCUGGCGGAGCGGCUGGACGGCAAGCCGGUGUCGAGGCCGGGGCGGUGCGAGACGCAGACGGUGCCGCUGGCGGAUUUGAAGGCGGGGGCGGUGUCGUUUUUGGGGUCUGAGGACACCGACGGCGCCCAGAGCACCGCUGCCGGCGACGGCCUGGGCGGCAGAGUCGGAGGUCUGCGAGGCGGGGGCGGUGGUCUCGGUGGAAGAGCCAGAGCCAGAUCCAGAGCCAGAGCCGGAGGUGGUGCUGCCACUGUUGUUGUCGCCGUUGCCGUUGUUGUUGCCAGAGCCGCUGGUGCUGGUGGCAGUGGUCAUGGUGGUGCCCGUGGCGCCGGUCUUGGUAGCAUUCGCGCCGGUGUUCUAUCAGGGUUAGAGUACAUCCUAUAUCUGAGAUGCAAAGGACUUACAGUGCCGGAAGCACCAGACUCGGUGCCGUGGGUGCCAGUAGCAGAGGCCCCAGAGUUGGUACCCGUAGCAGAGGCUCCAGUCGCAGGGGUCACACGUACUGCCGUCAGGACAGGCGCUGAGGGCGAUCUGCACGGCGGCGGCCGAGUCCUCGCCGGGACAGGCCUGGUCGGUGCAGUCGCGCACUCCGUACUUGUAGUUGUCGGCGUUGCAGAGACAGGUCUUGUCGCCGGAGGAGCAGCCGAGCUCCUGGGCUUUGUUGUUCAUGUUGGUGAUGCACAUUUGCUGGGGUUGUUAGCAUCGCAAGCGUGGAUGAUGGAUGGGAUGGCUUCGUACAGCGCACUGGCCGACCGAGACGUCGGCGGCCGCCAGGGAGGCGGCGGCCAUGAGGAGCAUGGACAGGGAGAGGGUCUUCAUUGUGCUGUUGGAUGUGCAGGGGUGCGGAGAGAGAUGUAUGGAGGAAUGGAGGAGGCGAGCAGUGGCUUGAGAGAAAAGGCAGAGCAGACGGGUGAUGGGAUGGGCUGUUUUAUACACCGCACCGAGCGCAAAUCAGUCGGCGUCUGGCCUUAUGUCCCCUGUCGGAAAUGA